AAGCUUUAGAGAUAAAAUCACCAACGACAGAACCAAACCGAAAAGUCUAUUCGCUGAGACUAAACGCCCUUCUCACCCCCCUUACGAAUGACCACUAGGGUGCCACCCUCAAAAGAAGCUUCACAAUGGCAACCCGACUCCCCGGCGCCCUUCCGCGGCGUCCAACUAUAUCCAUAAUACCAAGUUCAAGCACCGCACUCACCCACCCCUUGGCCCUCAAACCCUCUCACACACCGCUCUCGCACACUCCCUCGCGCGCCGCGACUAUAAUCCGACGACCGCGCCGCCCGUACGCCUUCACGCAGCUAGUACAGCAAACCGACGGGUCGACCUACACGGUGCGCACGACAUCGCCGAUCGCGCUAUACAAGAGCCUGAAAGACACGCGGAACCACGUCCUAUGGCAGCCGUCGGACAGCUCGCUGAGGAACGUGGAGGUGGAUGAGGCGGGUAAGCUGGCCGCGUUCAGAAGACGGUUCGGACGAGGGUGGGAUAUGGAGAAGGCGGCUGAGCCUUCGGAGUUGGAUAAGUUGGAGGCUGCUGCUGGGGGGAAGGAAGGAGAGACAGAGAAGAGCAAGGAGGUGGCGGCGGAGCAAUCAGAGGAUACGUUGAGUGAUAUGGUGGCGUGGUAUGCGUUGAAGGGGCAGAGGCGGUUUUCGAGGAAGAAGUUUAGGGGUAAGGGGAAGAAAUAGAGGAUGAAAGUCUACGAUCUGAAAGCCGGUUGGAUGUCUACGGUGUCUAUGGGAAUUCAAAAUGUCACGAUGACGUAGGGGCUUAUGGGCAUCAUGUUGUGGUGGCUUAAGGAGAUAUGUUAGGCGAGUAGAGCAACUCCU